GUUAUCCAGCAGAGAAGUAGAAACUGCAGUAGCAGAAGCAUCAUCGAACGCAACAUGAGAGUUUACCACUUGCUGCUGAUUACAAUUGGCUUGGCGGCGAUCGCCGGCUGUCGAGAGGCUCUGGCCCACCCACCAAGGCAAGAUCCACCGCCUUGUACCCCACCUCCGCCACCGUGCACUACCACAACAUGUCCUCCACCACCACCACCACCCUGCACCACCACCACGUGCCCACCUCCACCACCACCCUGCACCACCACCACGUGCCCACCUCCACCACCACCCUGCACCACCACCCCGUGUCCACCUCCACCUCCACCACCGUGCACCACCACCCCGUGUCAACCUCCACCUCCACCACCGUGCACCACCACCCCGUGCCCACCUCCACCUCCCCCACCGUGCACCAGGACUCCACCUCCGUGCACAAGGACUCCACCACCUCCGCCAUGCACAAGGACGCCACCACCGUGCACCAGGACCCCACCACCGCCACCAUGCACUAGGACUCCGCCACCAUGCACUAGGACUCCGCCACCAUGCACUAGGACUCCACCACCACCUCCGUGCACCAGGACCCCACCGUGCACCACGACCUGCACCCCUCCUUGCACCACAACCAAGUGCAAGGUCCCUGACAGCGGAGAAAACGGCGGUAACGGCGGUAACGGAAACAACACUGAAAUCGUCGAUGGCGGGGGAAACGCUGGAGUGGACCCCGUCGCAAUUGCCCAGGUGCUGAUCUCGCGCCACGACUGCCGUGGCCAGGACGACGGAACCUUCCUGGCCGAUGUGCGCCACUGCCGCCGCUACUACAUUUGCAACCGGCAGAGGUCCAAGCGCCAGACGUGCCCCUCCGGCUUCUGGUUCGAUCGCAAGCUGAAGACCUGCCGUCUGGCCAGCCUGGUCGACAACUGUAGCGCCGCGCGCAACUAGGGCAGACAGAGUGGCCGGCGCUUGAGCAAAGGAAAUUGGCUUUACAGAAUUUUUUUUCACUUUUCAAAGAAUGUAGCGAAGCAAAUGGUAGUUAAAUGCUAACUAUUCCAAAGCAAUAAAUAAAUAUAUCACUGAUUAUACAAGAAA